AUUACAUACUGUGCAUCACUGCCCUUCCUUCCACAGGCAUUUAUUGAGCGCCCGCUGUACGCCAGGAACUGUGUUGGGUGCUGCUACCUAAGCGACAACGACCCAAUGCCAGGACGGCCUGCUGGCCAAGGGGCGGGCCUCCGCGGUCCGCCACGGUAGCCGCGCGCCACGCAGGCCGCCGGACAGGAAAUACCCGCGGGCGGGAUAGCGGAGGCGUGGCGGACCGGUCCCCGCCCUCCGUGGCAGGGCUGCAGCGGGCCAGGCGGUGGCGCCGUAGAGGGUGCAGCCGGCGGCCACGGCUCGGGGCGCUGUGGCCGGGCGCGCGCAGAUGGCGGCGCCGGGCGCCGGGCCCGGGCCGGGGCCACCCCCGGGGCUGGAAGCCGCCCUGCAGAAGCUCGCGCUGCGACGGAAAAAGGUGCUGAGUGCCGAGGAGAUGGAGCUGUACGAACUGGCGCAGGCGGCUGGCGGCGCCAUAGACCCCGAUGUGUUCAAGAUUCUAGUGGACCUGCUGAAGUUAAACGUGGCGCCCCUUGCCGUCUUCCAAAUGCUCAAGUCUAUGUGUGCUGGGCAAAGACUGGCGAGCGAGCCCCAGGACCCUGCGGCCGUGUCUCUGUCCACUUCGAGCGUGUCCGAGACCAGAGAGGCCUCCUUUCUCUCUGCCAAGAACUGUAGCCCCCCUGCAAGGCCCUCCUUUUCCUCGGCCCCACGGCCUGCGGCCUCUCCAGUUCUGCGCCACGGCCCAGCUGCCACGCACUCGCCUCUCUCUCCAGGGGCCCCCGCUUCCCUGCGGUUCUCUUGCUGCCUGUUCUCUCCUUUUGCAGGUUGCGUUUAUUGGUUUAUCUCUGGGGGUUGGUGCUCGCUGUCAUUUCUGUGGAAACUGCUGUGGCCCCAGAAAGCCAAAGCAGCUUUUAGCUGCAAGGGCAGGACCCUGUGGGCCAUCCCUGCCAUACAGCUUAGAGGCCAGGGACAUGAUUAUACAGCUCAGUAUUAAAGGCAACUUGCAGUACUUUUAGAACGGGGCCAAUGCGCCCCAGCCUCCCCAGGCUAAAUCUGGGGUGUGAGACCUGUGUACUGUAGAGGUGCCCCCCACCCCAGACGAUGACAGGCCGAGGGACAGGAGAGCCUUUUUACUUUGCUGUGGG